GACCUGCACAGCAAAGCCUCCAUCGAAGCUGAAGAGCUGCGCCGCCGUACGCAGGCCCUCGAAGCUGCGCAGGCGGAGACGGAGAAGCAGCGCCAGGUGCAGGUUGAGGGGUUGCAGGCUUCGCUCAAGCGGAAUGGAGACGCUGCUGAUGCGCAGCGGAGGGAGCUUGAGGCACGGACUCAGUCGUUGAUGGGGGAGAGGGAUGUGGCGAGGAGCGAGAGGGAUAGUCAUGAGAUUCGCGCCAAGGGCAUGGAGUACUCUAAUGCGCGGCUUUCGCGGGAACUCGAUGAGGCGAAAGCCGCGGCGGUGCAGAAGGCGAGUGAGGACGCGGCGAGGGAGAAGGCGGAAUCGGAGCGCGCUGCAGCGGAGUCGCAGGCUCGUACUACUGCGCUGACGGGCGAGAGAGAUGCUGCGAGGAGCGAGAGGGACAAUCACGAGAUUCGAGCGAAGGGAAUGGAGUACUCCAACACGCGGUUGACUCGGGAACUCAACGAAGUCAAAGCAGCAGCUGCGCAAAAGGCGGACGAAGCUGCCGCGCUCGACAAAGCCAACUCGGAAAAGUUCACGGGACUCUACAAGCAGCUUGGCGACUCGGAGGCGCAAAAUUGGGAACUCAAGUCGUCGCGGGAUAACUUGUCGCGACAGCUGGAAGCGGCCAAAGCGAACUCCAGCGCUUACGAACAGGAUUCCGGCGCGAAGAUCAUCGCUUUGACAGCCGAGCGUGACGACUUGAAGCAGCAGCGCACGGCGGACGGGGCGGAGGCGAAGCGCAGACAGGAGGAGUCGAACGCGAAGCUGCUCUCCACGCAACACGAGCUCGACGGCGUGCGAAGCUCCCAUGAGCAGCUGAUGCAGUACCACGAGAAGGAGAGCAAGAAGUGGAACGAUAACCUCGUCGCCCGGACAGCGGAGCUCGGUGCUGCGGCUGCGGCUGGAGCGGCUGCGAAGACUGCGUACGACGAGCUGUCCACCGCGCACGACUACCUGAAGAAAGACUCGUCGGAAAAGUUCUCGCAACAAGCAAAGGAUUUGGACAACACAAAGGAAAAGCUGGACACGUUGCGAAAGGCGCACGAGAAGCUGCAAAAGGACUCCGGAGAGCAGUUGGGCAGCGCUCAGCGCGAACUGGAUACCUCCCGCAAACAGCACUCCGAUCUCGAGGCCUCGCACGCCGGACUCGCGGCACAAUUCGACGUAGCGAAGAAAGGCUGGGCAGAUACGGACCGCAAGUUGCAGACGCAUGUCGCUGAGCUGGAGCAGGUCAGGGGUAAGGCGCUGGACUUGCACACCAAGCUCGCAACGACGGAGCACGAGCGGGAUAAUGCGGUCCUUAAGCGGGAUCGGUUUGAGAAGGAGGCGGCGGUGAGCGGUGCGGCGGCGCUGAUGCUGAGGAAUAAGAGUCUGGAUUUGCAUACCAAGCUUGCUACCGCUGAGCACGAUCGAGACAACGCACGGCUUAUCCAAGAUCGUUUGGAGAAGGAGGCUGCGGACCGUGAGGCGGAACUGUCGAACACGAAGACCAAGGCGUCUGAUUUGCAUUCCAAACUCGCUACUGCCGAGCAUGACCGCGACAAUGCGACUCUUAAGCGGGACCGCUUUGAGAAGGAAGCGGCGGUGAGCGGCGCGGCGGCGUUGAUGUUGAAGAAUAAGAGUCUGGACUUACACACCAAGCUCGCCAGCGCUGAGCACGACCGCGACAACGCGCGUUUGAUUCGAGAUCGGUUGGAGAAGGAGGCUGCAGAGCGAGAAUCAGAACUGUCAGACACCAAAACCAAGGCCUCCGAUCUGCACACCAAACUCGCUACCGCCGAGCACGAUCGCGAUAACGCCGUGAUCAAGCGCGACCGUUUCGAAAAGGAAGCAGCAGUGAGCGGCGCAGCAGCGUUGAUGCUAAAGAAUAAGAGUCUGGAUCUCCACACGACGCUCGCCACCGCCGAACACGACCGCGAUAAUGCGCGCCUGAAGCAGGAGGCGGCGGAGAAGGAGGCCCGAGAGCAUGCGAGCGAGGCGGAAGCGGCCAAGGCGCGCGCUAUGGAUCUUCAUACUACGUUGGCGACUGCUGAGCAUGAUCGAACGAAUGCGCAGUUGAAGCAGGAGGGGUUGGAGAGGGAGCUUGCGGAUUUGAAGGCUACGCAUAGCGCUACGCAGGAACGGUCGACGGCAGCGGAGAAGGAUUUGGAGGGGGCGAGGAGUGAGAAGAGCUUCCUCGAAUCGCGCGUCAAGGCGCUGGAAUCCGAACGCGAUACCAGUCUGAAGAGCAAGCAGGAGCUGAGCGCGAAACUGCAGGACGCACAGGCGACGAUCGAGAAGCUGCACCAACACUCCGAACUGCCUGAAGCAUUGAGGAUGGACUCGCCUUUGCAGGUCUCCGAGUCGCCGCAGAUGUCGUAGCCGAAAGAAGCGUGAACAAUGGUCGUGCAUGCUGGAUGGCUGCGGAUGGAUGAGGCGUUGGUAUUGUUUGCGGGUCCCUGGUUGCUGAUACCCCUACGUAAUUAAUGCUUGGUUGACGAUUGCAUACCUCAUCUAUUGCUUUGCUCCUAUGGAAGAGUCGUUCAUCCAGCUUG